CACUUUGAUGGACAGGGUUUCAGGACGGCUGCCAGUCAGACGGCAGCGUACCGAAGUGCUGAAGGUGUGAGCGCUGAGCCAAGAAACUAACACUAAAAAGGCCCUCGGCUCUUCGUUAGAAGGGAAUUAAGGAAACUCAUCAACAGCUGCAAUGAGGCUGGUCAGUGGUGGGGUCCGACUUCGAAGGACUGCUGAACCGUCCGAACCUGAAUCUGAAGAAACGACGGAGUCUGUUCAUCAUGAGCACACUCAUGAGCACACUCAUUCAGAGCACCACCAUGAGCACUCACAUACAGAACACCACCCAGGCCACGACUACGACCACAUGAAGGAGAAGUUCAUGAAUGAACUGGACCAUCUGCCAAUUCCCAUGUGGGCAGUGGGAGCCAUUGUUGUGUUGGUGCUGCUUUUAGUGGCGUGCUUUAUCUUCUGCGUUUUCAAGAAAUGUUUUGGGAAAAAGAAAAAGCCCAAAAAAGUGAGGGAAAGAAAGGCAGGCCGACGCAGAAAAGAAAAAGAAGGUGAAGGAGAGAUUGGAGAGAAGGAGGGGGAGGUGAAAAAGGAAGGGCAGCAGGAGGAGAAGGAACAGGAGAAGUUGGGUAGACUGGAGUUCUCUUUGGACUACAGCUUCACCGAUUCCCAGCUCAUUGUGGGCAUCCUUCAGGCUCAGGACCUUGCUGCUAUGGACAUGGGGGGAACUUCAGAUCCCUACGUCAAAGUUUUUCUGUUGCCGGACAAAAAAAAGAAAUUUGAGACCAAGGUUCAACGCAAAAACCUGUGCCCUGUUUUCAACGAGACGUUCUUCUUCAAGAUUCCAUAUGCAGAGUUGGGUGGAAAGACUUUGGUGCUGCAGGUUUUUGACUUUGAUCGUUUCUCCAAGCACGACAUGAUCGGCGACAUAAAGAUUCCCAUGAACAGUGUUGAUCUGGGCCAGCCAAUGCAGCAAUGGAGGGACUUAGAAAGUAGUGAGAAGGAAGAGGAAAAAUUGGGAGAUGUUUGCAUUUCCCUACGCUACGUUCCCACUGCUGGAAAGCUGACAGUUAACAUCAUGGAGGCAAAAAAUCUUAAGAAAAUGGAUGUUGGUGGCUUAUCGGACCCAUAUGUGAAAAUUGUUCUGCAACAAAAUGGGAAGCGGAUUAAGAAGAAGAAGACGACAGUCAAGAAAAACACACUCAAUCCUUACUUUAAUGAGAGCUUCAGCUUUGAAGUCCCCUUUGAACAAAUACAGAAAGUACAGGUUGUCAUCACAGUGUACGACUACGACAAACUUGGGAGCAAUGACCCCAUUGGAAAGACCUUUAUGGGGUAUGGAGCUACAGGGGUAGGCCUGCGCCACUGGUCUGACAUGCUUGCAAAUCCUAGACGUCCAGUAGCUCAGUGGCACACUCUCAUGCCAGAGGAGGAGGUUGAUGCAGCCCUCAAAGCAAAGCCUCGUUAAGAGUCGCACUUCACAGACAAAUUAAAUGCUGCUCAGAAAUUAUUUGUUGUUAAACGGAAUAAUUGUAUUGUAUAUUUUCAUUUAUAUAUAAAACCAUAAAUAAAACUGCUUGUACUUGUUGUUUUCUCAGUAUUUAUAUUGUAAGUAACACAAUUUGGAUGUAGGCACUGUCAUGUUAAGGACUUGUUUUGUCAGAACAGAACUGUUUCUAGUACAGUUUAUGAUUACAGUUAUUAUUAUUUACAAUAGUCUAUAUUUUGUGUGCAUUUGUGCCUGUGUAACAUACAGAAAAAAAAUGGCUGUGUAUCUCCUAUUUCUUAUCCAGCACACACUAUAAACCAUCACGCUUCUGGAUUUACAUACUUGGAAAACAAUCAUUUGUUAAUGUGCAUUCUCCGUUUUAAACUCCUUGUGUAUAAAGUAUUGAUUCAUAGAUUUACUCCACUGUCAUAUAUUUGCUGGCUCUCGUAAUGUCAGGCUUGUGCCUGUUUCGUAACUUUCAUUUUGACGUGAAAAAGUAAGGAAAGUACAGAUUUUAUUAACAAGGACUGCAUUCUUUUAACUGUGUAAACUGGUUGUUAAUAAAAAUGCUAAUCAGCAGAACAUCUAAAUGUAACACAGCCCUCAUAAAUAUAACUGGUUUCCCAACUCUUAAAAGACUAAAUGUGAGCCUAUGUUGUUUGGUUUGUGGUGAUUUUUGUGACAGUGUUGUCCUAUGCAAAUAAACUUA